AUUACUUGUCAAAUGGUACUCCUUAUACAGCUUUUGAAUGUAUUAGAAAUACCUCACUUCCCCGUGAAAGAAACCAAAGAAAUAUAAAUCGUGAGCAUCCAAUGGAAGGUAUUGAAAUAAUAAAUUUACAAAAUGAGGGCGAAAAUAAAGACAUUCAUGUUACAUAUGAAAGAAUAAUUGAAUGUCAUAGGGAACGAUUAUCUGAAA